UACAAGGGCCAUCCUCAUUGCAUUCGAAUCAGUUUUGCAUGCGAUUUUGAGGGUGCUUCAGAGCCAGAAAGAGCCAGCUAGGGUUCUGUUUCAGCCCCUGCUGCUUUCAUCUUCUGUGAAACUUUUGUUUUAGAGAGAUGGCUCUUAUGGGUAUCAGCCACCAUCAAUGGGGAGUUGCAUUUGGCGUCUUAGGCAACAUCCUCUCCAUUCUUGUGUAUCUUGCUCCUGUGCCGACAUUUUAUCGUAUUUUCAAAAAGAAAUCAACCGAGAGUUUCCAGUCCUUGCCUUAUCUUGCGGCGUUGUUCAGCUCAUUGCUAUGGCUCUACUAUGCAUUGCUUAAAGAAAAUGCCUUUCUUCUCAUCACCAUCAACUCUUUUGGAUGUUUUGUAGAGACCAUUUACAUCAUUAUGUACAUUGUUUAUGCACCAAAAGAGGGCCGGAAAUCAACUAUCAAACUAUUUGCUAUAAUGAACCUGGGAGCCUUCUUUUUUAUCUUCAUUGUUACGCACUAUCUUAUUCAUGGUGAUGAUACUCGGAUACAAGUUCUUGGUUGGAUUUGUGUUGCCUUAUCAGUGAGUGUUUUUGCAGCACCCUUGAGCAUUGUGGCACAAGUUAUUCGAACUAAAAGUGUGAAGUUCAUGCCAUUCAACUUAUCAUUCUUCCUUACGUUGAGUGCAAUUAUGUGGUUCGGCUAUGGCCUUUUCCAGAAAGACAUCUGCAUAGCUCUCCCAAACAUCUUGGGUUUCGUCCUGGGAUUACUCCAGAUGAUCCUUUACGCGAUUUACACGAAAGCCAGUAAGAUCACAGAAGAGAAAAAGCUACCUGAAGAACCCUUGAAGAAUAUCGUUAUACUUGGCACAUUGGGAGCUUCUGAAGUAUAUCCAGUUGAUAUUCCAGUCGAAGCCAAAGUUAAUGGAGAUAUUUUGAUUGAAGAGGCAAAACACAAUGAACAAAUAGAGGAGCCCCAGAAACCGAAGAUAAGCUUGGAAGUAAUUUCGAAGGAUGGCGUCCAACAAAAUGAAAUAUGCGUAGCUAUUUAAUCCCCACAUACUUCUCACACAACAAAAGAAGCUUUGUGUAUUUCCCUUUCCUGUUAUUUUUUUUGCACUAUAUGCACGUAUGAAUCGAAAAUGAAAGCUUAAUUAAGCUACUCUCAUAAUUGUUCUUUGUUUUGUUCAAUAACCAUGUCACAGAUACAGUUGCUGUCCAA